AGUGGGGUAGGGGUUGCCGGGUCGCAGGUCCUGCCAGUGCGAAUGCAGCGGCGGUCAUAGGCGCCCUGGCACUCAGCUGGACAGUGAGCGGCGGCAGCGAUGCUGCGGAGCGGCUGCCAGUGCCUCGGGGCACGCCUCGGCUGUCUGCCUGGCGGUCUCUGGGCCCUCGUCCAGACCGGCCACCGGAACUUGACCUCCUGCAUCGACCUCCUGCCCACAGCUUCCAUGGGACUUAAUGAAGAGCAGAAAGAAUUUCAGAAAGUAGCCUUUGACUUUGCUGCCCACGAGAUGGCUCCAAAUAUGGCAGAGUGGGACCAGAAGGAGCUGUUCCCAGUGGAUAUGAUGCGGAAGGCAGCCCAGCUAGGCUUCGGAGGGGUCUAUGUACGAACAGAUGUGGGUGGGUCUGGACUGUCACGUCUUGAUACCUCGGUCAUUUUUGAAGCCUUGGCUACAGGCUGCACCAGCACCACAGCCUAUAUAAGCAUCCACAACAUGUGUGCCUGGAUGAUUGAUAGCUUUGGAAAUGAGGAACAGAGGCACAGAUUUUGCCCACCGCUCUGUACCAUGGAGAAGUUUGCUUCCUACUGCCUCACUGAACCAGGAAGCGGGAGUGAUGCUGCCUCUCUUCUGACCUCUGCUAAAAGACAGGGAGAUCAUUACAUCCUCAAUGGCUCCAAGGCCUUCAUCAGUGGUGCUGGCGAGUCAGACAUCUAUGUGGUCAUGUGCCGAACAGGAGGUCCAGGCCCCAAGGGUAUUUCAUGCAUCAUUGUUGAGAAGGGGACCCCUGGCCUCAGCUUUGGCAAGAAGGAGAAAAAGGUGGGGUGGAACUCGCAGCCAACACGAGCAGUGAUCUUUGAAGACUGUGCUGUCCCCGUGGCCAACAGAAUUGGGAGCGAGGGGCAGGGCUUCAGCAUUGCCAUGAAAGGACUGAACGGAGGGAGGAUCAACAUUGCUUCCUGCUCUCUGGGGGCUGCCCACGCUUCUAUCAUCCUCACACGAGACCAUCUCAACGUCCGGAAGCAGUUUGGAGAGCCUCUGGCCAGUAGCCAGUACUUGCAAUUCAAAUUGGCAGAUAUGGCAACAAGGCUGGUGGCCUCACGGCUGAUGAUCCGCAGUGCAGCCGUGGCUCUGCAGGAUGAGAGGAAAGAUGCAGUGGCCUUGUGCUCCAUGGCCAAGCUCUUUGCUACACAUGAAUGCUUUGCUAUCUGCAACCAGGCCUUACAGAUGCACGGGGGCUAUGGCUACCUGAAGGAUUAUGCUGUUCAGCAGUAUAUGCGGGACUCCAGGGUCCACCAGAUUCUAGAAGAGCUGCUCUGGCAGGGGCUUGGUGCACAAGCACAGCUCUAGCCUGGAGUCCAGAGACUCAGCUUCAUCACAGUGGGUGGGCAUCAGAUCGUUCUGCUUCUGCUCUUUUCCUCUGUAGAUUUGCGAGAAGGGUGAACUGAGAUUAUGGACGAGAAAACAUGUUGAAACUACAGCCGUCUUUUCUCUAAGGUUAUAAAGUAUGUGGUUCUCAGGAAUCCAAGAACAGUGAUUUACAGGGCAAAUGUUAGCCAGUAUGGUCAUCAGUAGCUCUAAACUGAUUAUCAGCCAGAUGGUCUAAAUAUCUGUCUGUAUAUUACUAGUGUAUUUUUCAAUAAAAUAAACCAUCGGUGUAUGGAUAUCUUCUUGGUAGUCACAGACAUUCUGUCUAGGAAACAUGUAAGCCGUUGGGGUCAGGCUCAGAGCCUGGCCGUCUCUACUGCCUACAGCCAGUGCGGAAGUCUUGAAAUGACACGACUCUUGGAAAAGCAGGAGGGGCGGAGCCUUCUCUGAGUGACUUCAGUGAAGCAACAGGAGGCUGCCUUGCUGGAAACAUUGUAUAACGGGGCCUCCCAGCCCAUUUCACAGCAGUCUUCUCAAACCUCAGCCUGCGCUGGAAUCACCUGGAGGGCAUGGGAGGCCCCAGAACAUCUGCUCCAGUGGGUCUAAUGGAGGGCCAGGAAUUUGUAUCUCUAAUAAGUCUUCAGGUGAGGCAGCGGCAGCUUGUCUGAGAACCAUACUUUGAGACUCACCAUGCUGGUGUUAUGUCUGAGUCACAUGCUACCAAAGGUUAGACUACUGCGUUCUUCUGUAAACCUCUUUCCAGAAAGAUGUUUCUGAGCUCAGUCGCUAGUGUUCAAACUGAAUUUCCCAGAGUGUGUUUCCUUUCAUUACUCUUGCAAUUGCUUUCUCACUCAGCUUUAUGUGCGUGGGGAACUUCGCCUUCAUUCCAACUCUCUCUCAACCCUGCAGUAAUAAGUGGGAAGCAUUUAUUUUGGGUUACACCAUCAUCUACUUGUAGAAGAAUUGGGGCACUCUUCACUUUAUCAGUUUGUUUCAUCAUGGACUUUACUGUUGGAUAAAUCUACAGUGCAUGCUUUAUUUGAAAUGUUGGAACUACUGAUUCCUCAAGGGAGUUUAUGUUUCUUUUUGCAUUAAAGGCCACCACUAAA